AUGUCAAACGUAUAUCUUGACGUUUCCAUUGGCGGCACGCCUUGUGGGCGGAUCGUUCUUUCUCUCGACCAUGAAAAAGCGCCUCUUGCUUGCGAACACUUUUGCUCCAACUUGCCUCGUUAUACAGACACCUAUUUCCACCGUGUGAUCAAGAACUUUGUCAUUCAAGGCGGAGAUGUCGUUUUCGGGCACAAAGACCAGUAUGGAGAUGCCAGCGUCGGAACAGGAAAAGAGGAUUUCUUCCCAGACGAGAACCUCCAGGCACCUUUAGACAAGCCGUUUCAACUUUGCAUGGCCAACUCCGGGCCCAACACAAACUCUACCCAAUUCUUCAUAUCCACAUACCCAACUCCGCAUUUGCAAGGCAAGCAUACGGUGUUUGGCCGCGUGAUCCACGGGAAAUCUGUCGUUCGGGCAAUCGAACGGGUCAAGACAAAUGCCGCAAAUGUUCCCGCCAAAGAAGAGCUUCCGGUGAUCACGGAAACAGGUACGUGGAGAGAUGGCAACGCUAUUCCCAUAUUCAAUGCAUGCUACGACACCGUGGGCGGCGACAUUUACGAAGAAUACCCAGAUGAUGACGAACAUAUAGACAAAGACUCAUCAAGCUCCGUUUAUGACGCAGCAUGUGCCAUCAAGAACAGUGGAGCGGCUCUUUUCAAGCGGGGCGAAUUCCAGAACGCCAUGUUCAAGUAUACAAAGGCUUUGCGCUACGUGAUGGAAUAUAUUCCGGAUGAGGACCAGGAACCAGAUUUCCACGCCAAGUACAGCGAGUUAAAGAAGAAGCUCUACCUUAAUGUGCUGUUGGUUGCACUCAAAUUGGGAGAUAAUGUGAAAUGUGUGGACUACGGCUCGUAUUUACUAGAAAUGACUCUUACGCCGCAAGAAAAGGCAAAAGUAUACUAUCGCAUGGGCUGUGCUUAUCUGGCGCAGCGGAAAUACAAGGAGGCUAUUUCCAGUUUGGAAAAAGCCCGGGCGUUGGCGAGUGAUGUUGGAAUAGAACAUGAGUUGAAAAAAGCAAAGGAAUUACAGGAUGCACAAAUACAGAAAGAAAAAGCAAAGUAUGCCAAGUUUUUUGGUUGA